AUGCGCAAGCAGGAGGAGUUGAUGAAGGAGAUUGAGCUGCGGCGCAAGAUGAAGGCCACAGUGGUGCCCACCAACGACCAGGAAGUGCGGCGCAUGUUGCGGCAGCUGCGGGAGCCCAUCACGCUGUUUGGGGAGCGGGAGAUGGAGCGGCGCGACCGCCUGCGCAAGAUGCUGGCUGGCAUGGACGAGCAGCAGGCGGUUGCGGCGCUGGGGCCGCCCACCGACUUUGAGAUGGCAGAGGCGGAGCUGGCGGUGGCGGUGCCCUCCACGGAAGUGUUCUACACAGAGGGCAGCCAGCAGCUGAGGGCGGCGCGGCACGACGUGGCGCAGUUCUCGCUGCGCCGUGCCGCGCUGCGGCUGGCAGCGGCGCGGCGGCGGCGGAGCGACCCCGACGAGGACGAGGCGGCUGCCGCGGCAGGCACCGAGCGCCAGCUGCGCGCCAUGGCGAACCAGGCGUCUGAGAUUGGCGACGAGCGGCCCAUCGCGGGCUGCGCCUUCUCCCCAGACGGCAGCCAGCUGGCCACGGGCGCGUGGAGCGGCACGCUCAAGGUCUGGGCCAUGCCCUCCCUCACCAAGCAGCUCACCAUCAAGGCCCACACCGAGCGCGUCACGGGCGUGGCCGCAGGCCGCAUGGAGACCGGCGUGGCUCUUGCCUCGGGCGCCACCGAUGCCACCGCCAAGCUGUGGUCUGGGGAGGGCAAGCUGCUGCGCACGCUGGUGGGGCACAGCGACCGGCUAGGGCGCAUCGCUUUCCACCCCAUGGGGCGGCACCUAGGCACAGCCAGCUUUGACCAGACGUGGCGGCUGUGGGAUGUGGAGACGGGGUCGUGCCUGCUGGAGCAGGAGGGACACAGCCGGUCGGUGUAUGCUGUGGCCUUCCAGGACGACGGCGCGCUGGCGGCGUCUGGCGGCAUGGACGCCAUCGCCCGCGUGUGGGACUGCCGCACCGGGCGCAACAUCUUCACCUGCCAGGGCCACGUCAAGGCGGUGCUGUCGCUGGACUUCAGCCCCAGCGGAUACCUGCUGGCCACAGGCAGCGAGGACAACACGGCCAGGGUGUGGGACCUGCGCAAGCGGGCGGUGCUCUCCAUCCUGCCGGGCCACACCUCUCUGAUCAGCCAGGUGCGGUUUGAGCCCAACGACGGCCGCUACCUGCUGACCGCCGGCUACGACAACACCAGCCGGCUGUGGGGCGGGCGCAGCUUCCGCCUGCUGCGCACGCUGGCGGGGCACGAGGGCAAGGUCAUGGCCGCAGACAUCUCGCCUGACGGCGCCUUCACAGUCGCCUCUGGCGGCUACGACCGCACCAUCAAGCUGUAUGCGCCCGACCCGCUGGCUGACCUGGAGGAGGCCGGGGGGCAGUGA